AUGCAACGCAUUGCGAUCGCCAGCGCCGCCCUUGCCGCCGUGGCCGCGGCCAACGACAUUUUCGCCCAAGAAAACCUGGACGUGAUCAAAGAGCUCGAGCAUCGGGUUGUGCCCAAGCCCGAGUCGAGCGGCCGCCAGGAAGCCGGCACGUCUGUCGAGGCGCUCGAGCUCGAGCGCUUCAAGGCGACCAAGAAGGUGGUGGAGCAGCUCAACAAGGACUACCCGGACGCCGAGUUCUCGGUUGACAACCCGUUCGCGCUCUUGACCGAAGACGAGUUUGCGCAGUACGUCAUGGGUGCGUUCGGCCAGGACCAGCGCAAGCUGCGCACCGUGGACCACGUGGCCCGCGAGCUGACGCCGGCGCAGCGCGAGGCGAGCGACGUCGACUGGUCGAGCCACAAGUGCAACGAGCCGAUCAAGAACCAGGGCGAGUGCGGGUCGUGCUGGACCUUCUCGUCCAUCGGCGUGGCUUCGUUUGGCGACUGCCUCGCGACUGGGACGCUCCUCGACCUCUCGCAGCAGCAGCUCGUGAGCUGCGCGCGCAACGCCGGCAACGGCUGCCAGGGCGGCUGGCCCUGGAAGGCGCUCGACUACAUUCGUGAGACGGGUGUGUGCUCGUCGAGCGAGUACCCGUACCAGUCGGGCAGCACCAAGCAGGACGGCCAGUGCAAGGAGAGCUCGUGCAACAAGAAGAAGCUCCAGAUCGGCGCGACCGUCGAGAUCCAGGGCGAGAGCGCGCUCCAGAGUGCGCUCGACCACCAGGCCGUCCAGGUGGUCGUCGAGGCCGGCAACAACGUGUGGAAGAACUACAAGCGCGGCGUGAUCCGCCAGUGCCCCGGCGCGCAGUCGGACCACGCCGUGCUCGCGAUUGGGUACGGCACCAAAGACGGCGUCAAGCACUUUAAGAUCAAGAACUCGUGGGGCACCGGGUGGGGCGAGGGCGGCUACAUGUACCUCCAGCGCGACGUCGGUGGCAAGGGCAUGUGCAACGUCGCCGAGCGCCCGUCGUACCCCAAGCUCACCAAGGCGCCGAGCCCGAGCAGCCACAAGCCGUCGCCCAACCCGACGUCGGGUCCCAACCCCAAGCCGUCGUCGAAGCGUCCCGUCCCGACGUCCAAGGGUCCUGCGCCGUCCAACAAGUGCGGCGGCUGCACGGGUUGCUACUACCCCAACCAGCAAGCGUGCCAGCCGGCCUUUGACAAGAGCACGUGCGACAUCAUGACGGAGUAUUACGGCACGGUGUGGUGCGGCAACUAA